UUAAAAUUUAACACUAAAAUAUAAAUUUGUUAUAGUUUUUGAAAGAAAUUCCUCAAAAUGUCUGACUUCAAAUUAUUAAAUCGAGUAAAAAAAAUGAAACUGAGAAAAGCGUUGAUCGGUGCACAAGUCCAACGGUUAAUGGCUGAGCUACCCACAUACACCCCUGAAGAAUUACGUCGGCUACAAAUGCCAUACCAUGAAGCUUUAUAUUGUGAAAUGACGGAAAAUGGCUAUUACGAAAGUGUUUAUUAUAUAAAAAGAUUAAUUGAGUACCAGGAGGAAAGACGAGUGGAGAAUGGAUUAGAAACCUCUAUGGCGAAUAAACCGAGAUUGCUUCACUCUAAACAUAUUCUUGAUAAGCUUAUGGUUGGAUUUAGUAAAGCCGAACAAUUUUCGCAACAGAAUGAAUUCUACAACGAAGCUAAUCAAUAUUUGCAUAUGGCUCACGAGUUCUGCUUUCUAAUAGAGGAUUGGGAGUGGCUGGGAGAAGAGAUUCUUAUUAAGUGUUUGAAGAGUUGCAAAAAGCUAGUUGGUUCGGAACGUGAAAUAGAAGGAAUAUGUCGGUUUAUGUAUGGCAAAUUUAAACUUAAUACAACUGAGAAUAUAGAUACGGCGAUCGAACAUUUUGAACUUUGUCGCAUAAUUUGUGAAGGUCAACACUGGAGAGUAAGACACUUCUUUCCAGAAUAUACGUUCCCUUUAUCGGAAGAAGUAUGCUUGACAUUGUAUAAAGCAUACUAUGAAAAAGCUAAGCAGUUGUUACGAGUGUAUCCAAAGAACGCAGGAAAAUAUGCAAUGCUAGCUAAGAAACGAGCAGUUCAAGCAUGCUUUGCGGAGGGUAUGACAGAAUCUCUAUUAUUAAAAGGCAUUACCGAUAUGGUAGACAAUAAUCUGAAAACAGCUAUCCAAUCUAUAUUGGCAGGAUUAAAUAUACAACUAAAACAUUCAAAGGACCCAGAUCCAAGACUAAAACUAGCCGUAGAUUGUUUGCGUAAAGGAAAAACAAUUGCUGCUUUGGAAAUUUUGAUAGUCUUGAAAGACAGUUUGAACAUCAAGGGGUUACCGUAUUUCAUAGCUCAGGCGUAUAGAUAUCUGGGGGAGAUUAAAUUAGGCAAAGGUGAAGCUGCCGAAGCCACUCCACUUUUAAAUAUGUCUUUGAAUAUAUUUUUGGAGUUAGAUAUGUUCAAGGAAAUUGAGCAAUUACGAACACUCGCUGCGAUAUCAGCUGGACAAGAACUAAUGUCUAAAUAUACAGACUUAAUUAUAAAAUGUGGACGUAAGGGUCGAGAAGGUACGGAAUAUUUAUCUAGGUUGGUACGAUGGAAAGGAACCAGAGAACCAUUUUGGAAUGAGGAUGAAAUUAGUUUGCCAUCCGGUGAUUCAAAGAGUUUCGAGUUGGGGUCCAAUAUUUCGGAGGUAGUUCCAUCGAUUGUGACGGAAACGAUUAGUUUGGAAUAUUCUGAUGAGGAGAAUGUUUCUACUGAAACUGAUCUUAUUUCUCGUGUGUCAUUCUUCCUUGAGAUGACGAAAAAAAUAGAACAGACUGAUGUUAAAUCUGAGGAAACGGUAGCAAAAGAAGAGGAAGUUGAGGUUAUAAAAGAACAAAUAGAAGAAGAGAGUCUGCAUGUACCGAUUUCCAUUACAAACUCAUGGAUGGAAGUUGAUCCGUACUAUGGUAAUUUUACAGGUGAUUUUGUUAUACUUAAGGAUAUAAUUAUUGAGGGAGAAGGCGAAGAACCCCCUUCACAAAACGUUUGGAAAUACGAUGAAACCGAUAUGACUAAAGAAGAGAUCCAUGAAUUGGCCACCCAAGAAGAAGAGGUGUCAGAAACAAAUAUAGUAGAAAUAAUGGCUUUUGAUCAAAAAGGUGAAACUAUGUCCGAAAGUACAUUAGUCACAGGUGCUGAUGAUGAAAUAUCAAAUGUAAUGGGAGAUCAUGGGAAAACAGAUGAAGUUGUCACAAUUGAUGAAGUAUCCGAUGACCAACUAUAAGGUUUAUUCAUAUUUCUUUUAUUAUAAUUCUCCCUUCAAAUAAAAUAAAAAUGUAUAUUAGCAUUUACGUUGUAGUAGCCGCAAUAAAAAUUCUUAUAUUAA